GUGACCAAUCGACAUUCAUCGCCUCCCACCUAUAUCUACUAAGUCUACGUCGCAAAUGCGCAGACUUCCUAAGGCAAAGCUAGAGAAAGAAGAUAUACUCACCUUCGCCCUCCAACCUUCCGGGCUCGUCUGGAAGUGGGGUUACCCAGACUCCAAGGACAAAUCCCUCUCUGGCAACACCGCCGGAUCUACACCGAGUGGAGAGGGCGAGCGGCAAAGAUGUUACCGCUGCAAGUCAUUUUACACUGUCUCUUCCGACCUUGCCGGGAAAGAACGCGAGUGCAGGCAUCAUUAUGCCACGCCGAAGCCAGUGCCGGGAAGAGGAAAGAUCUGGAGGCAUGAGUGCUGUGGCCGGCAGCAUUAUUCGGAGGGAUGCUCUUACAAUUAUCAUGUGUUUCGCCAUAACAACGACGACAAAGCGUUGGCCAAGAGGGAAGGAUACAAGAGCGUGAAAGAGUAUGCGGAGGAUGGCGAGAAAGAUAAGGAUUGGGUGGAUGUGGUGGCACUCGAUUGUGAAAUGAUAUAUACUCUGGCCGGGCUGUCCCUCGCUCGAGUGACCAUCAUCGACACUGCUGAGAAGGUCCUUCUCGACGAGUUCGUCAAACCGACGCAGAAAGUCAUCGACUACAAUACCAAAUUUUCGGGCAUCACUAAGACCAACCUGGACGGCGCCACCUUGGAUGUCGAGGGUGCUCGUGCAGCCGUGUGCAAGUUCAUCGGUCCUGAGACCAUCAUUAUCGGCCACGGCCUCGAGAAUGAUCUCCGCGCUCUGAGACUCUUCCAUGACCGACUCGUCGAUACCUCCGCUCUCUUCCCUCAUCCACGAGGCUUACUUCGCCGUCGUGGGUUGCGCGAAGUUGUCAAAGAGAAGCUGGGAUAUUCGAUCCAGGACCUUCAAGACAAAUUGGGUCAUUAUUCUGUUGUUGAUGCGACGGCUGCUGUGGAUUUGGUAAGGUGGAAGAUGCUCAAGCGUCGCUGAGAUCUUGGACGAUGCUGUCUGCGUUUGGAUAUCAGGUUGUUGUCAGUGAUAUGAAUGCAAUGUAUGUGCUGUGG